UUAGCUGAUUUGAUCAUACAAUGAACAUGAACAUGAAACAAAAGAGGUUCGUGGCAGCAUCAGGCAGAGACUUCCAUACCUAGGUACGUACCUGAUUGCACUGUAGGAAGUGCUGUGGUAGUUCCCUAAGCUUCACUGGUACAGUACGAGGGUGUUCUCCACACGAUAAGGGAGGAAUAGAAGAUUGAUACGAGUAGCUCUCACAGUCCAACCCUGACGAAUGAAGUCCUGAUGCCGGUCUACCUACAGUAAGGUAUCGAAUUCACGUGGGCUCUAUGAGGGAUCAGGUCUGGACUUUUGAUUGAUGGGGAGGUGCGUCUCCGGCACCUUCUGAGGCCUUAGACGACACCAAGUACUCGUACCAUUGUGGAAAGAACCUGACGCCCUGUCAUAUUGUCGAUGUCAUCGCUGGAUCCCACGAGUCCCCACGGACCUGUCUUCCGGUCCAUUUUCCAUGAUUGAACCUGAAGCCAAGCGAUAAAACCUCUCGAGUCUAUGGCCAAAAUCAACAUCAUUCUCUUGCUCAUUUCAUCAACAUCAUUCACAACACCUCCAUCAACGGCAGUCUCACCCGCAACCAAUCCAACAUGCAAUCCGCACUUCACGCAGUCAUCGGCCCCAAGAAGGAGCUACACGAUCUCUCUGGUCGUGUUGCUUUGGUCACUGGUGGUGCAAAUGGCAUCGGCUUCCAAAUCUCUCGCCAGUUCGCCCAGGCCAAAGCCAAAGUCGUCAUGAUCAACCGCAAGGAGGAGCAGGGAGAUGAAGCCAUCAAGCAGAUCAAAGAAGAAACCCCCGGUGCCGACGUUGACUGGGUCGGCUGCGACUUGGGCAACCUCAAGGAAGUCAAGCAAGUCUUUAGCGACCUCCGUAACAAGCUGGACAGACUGGAUCUGCUCAUUCUCUCCGCUGGUAUCAACACGAACACCUUCGACCUCGACGCAGACGGCAUCGAUCGCCACUUCGGCGUCAACUUCCUAGGCCAGUUCUAUGCUGUCAACCUUCUCUACCCACUCAUCCGCAAGACCUCCAAGAUACCCGACACACCCCCACCGCGUAUUGUCUUCGAAGCAUCAGAAGUCCACCGUAUGGCACCUUCCAACAUCCACUUCGGCUCCCUCCAAGAGAUCAACGACGAGAACUUCGGUCCCACACACCUCUACGCCCGUACCAAGCUUGCGAUGAUCUUGUGCGCCAAGUUCAUUCUUCCCGAGAAAGUCUUCAAGCCCAACGGUGACCACGUCUUCUCAUUGAGCGUUCACCCGGGUACCGUCAACACGAACAUGCAGCAGCAAUGGAAGGCCGCCUAUCCCGGCAUUUUUGGCAACAUGCUCUCCUGGGCCAUGACGACCAUCGGACGAGACGUCGAACAAGGUUCGUACAGCGCCUUGUGGGCGGCUACCAGUCCUGAGAUCGAGGAGAAGAAUUUGCAGGGCUAUUACUUUGUCGAUCCGGGUCAACCGGGCAAAGAGUCGUCGCAAGCUUCAGAUCCUGCUCUCGCCGAGGCUCUGUGGAACCUAAGCACGAGUCUGAUCAAGGAGAAGGUGGGCGAAGAUGCCCUUACGCCUUGGGACGAGCAGUGAGCAAUUGGCGGAGGAGUGGCACAUGGCAGACUUGCACGAAACAUGACGAUAGAAAAUAAUGAUGCUCAUCACCAUGGGCCGAUGAGUAAUAACGACAGCAGACAUAACCUGACCGCAAUGAGAAUCCUUG